AUGGCCGCCCAAAACUCUGGAAUCCUCUACUUAUUCGAUCGUCCUGCGGAGCCGGUUUACGUGCCAAAAGGUGACAAAAAGGUCGCCUUUGACAUCCCAUCGAACUACUUGCCUGAGAGAUACAAAUCCGUCGCCGUACAAGUUCUGAACCGCUUCAAUGAUGACACGGAUUCGAAAAUACCCGUCAAACAAAUCAGUCUUCCCGAUUUGAGUAUUCCGAUGCAAUUGGGUCGUCGGGAUCCAUUUUCUCUGUUCAUCCCGAAACAUCGAAAACUGGCUGCAAGACUCAUCGACAUUUUCAUGGGCAUGAGGACCUACGAGGACUUUCUUUCCGUCUCCGUUUAUUGUCGCGAUCGUCUAAACCCGAACAUGUUUAUUUACGCCCUCUCUGUGGCGAUUCUUCAUCGUCCUGACACGAAGAAUUUGCCGAUUCCUCCUCUUUCCGAGGUAUUUCCGGAUAAAUACGUGGACAGCGGGAUCUUCUCCAGAGCUAAGGAAGAGGCUAAUAUCGUCCCGACAGGAUCCAGACAACCAAUCGAGAUUCCUCGAGACUACACGGCUUCCGAUCUUGACGAGGAGCACCGAGUUGCUUAUUGGAGAGAGGAUAUUGGCAUCAAUCUUCAUCAUUGGCACUGGCAUCUCGUCUAUCCUUUCGAGACUGACUUCAGGAUCGUUAAUAAGGACAGGCGUGGAGAACUCUUCUACUACAUGCAUCAACAAAUCAUAGCGAGGUACAACUGCGAGCGUAUGUGCAAUUACCUUGGCCGCGUGAAGAGGUUCAUCAAUUGGCGGGAACCAAUUCCCGAAGGAUAUUUCCCAAAGCUGGACUCUUUGGUGGCGAGUAGAUCCUGGCCAGCUCGAUCCAGUGGAGCCACCCUAAAAGACAUCAAUCGACCCGUCGAUCAGCUCCUUUUCGACCUCCAGGACCUGGAAAGGUGGAGGGAUCGGAUCUACGAGGCCAUUCAUACAGGAUCCGUAAUUAACUCCAGGGGAGAAAGAGUCCCACUGACCGAAAAGUCAGGCAUCGACAUCCUUGGCAACAUCAUGGAGUCCAGCAUCCUUUCCAUCAACCCCAACGUCUAUGGAGAUUUGCAUAAUCUUGGCCACGUGGCCAUUUCCUACUGCCACGACCCCGACCACCGAUAUUUGGAAUCAUUCAGCAUCAUGGGUGACUCUGCCACCGCCAUGAGAGACCCCAUCUUCUACAGAUGGCAUGCAUUCGUGGAUGACGUUUUCCAGGAGUACAAGAACACCUUGCAGGAAUAUACCGUCGAUCAGCUCAAUUUCCCUGGAGUGGAAAUCUCGGGCGUCCAGGUGGCCACGCCGAACCAGGCACCAAACUCUUUGCACACCUUCUGGACCCAAAGCGACCUCGACAUGUCAAGAGGUCUCGAUUUCACCCCGAGAGGUCCAGUCCUCGCAAGAUUCACGCACCUGAAUCACGCGGAAUUCUCAUACAGAAUCACUGCGAUUAAUCGGAAUAACUCACCGAGAACGGGAACGGUGCGCAUCUUCAUAGCGCCGAAACGAGACGAGCGUGGACUGUCCUUCAAUUUCCUGACCCAGAAAAAUCUAAUGAUCGAAAUGGACAAAUUCACCGUGGCACUCAGACCUGGACAAAACGUCAUCGAGCGAAAAUCGACAGAAUCCUCGCUAACGAUCCCAUUCGAGCGGACUUUCCGCAAUCUUGAUGCAAAUCGUCCGAUUGGGGGCGACGCUUUGGAGCAGUUUAAUUUCUGCGGAUGUGGAUGGCCGCAACACAUGCUUCUUCCCAAAGGAAACAAAGAAGCGUUCCCUAUGGAUCUCUUCGUCAUGAUCUCCGAUUAUCAGGACGACGCGGUCCAGCAGGACGAGCCGUCGGGGUGCAAAGACGCGUCCAGUUUUUGCGGAUUAAGGGACCGCAAGUAUCCCGACGCCCGUUCCAUGGGAUAUCCAUUCGAUCGGCGACCUCGACAAGGGGUGGACACCCUGGCUCAAUUCCUCACGGGGAAUAUGGCUGUCUCCGAAAUCUCCAUCCGAUUUGCCGACACCAUCAUGCCAAGGACGCGUUCCGGGAGCCUCAGCAACGCCCUCACCUUCUCAUAA